CGGCGCGGGGCGUCCUCGACGUGGCGCAGCAUUCCGCCCGCGACCAGUGCGCGCCCGUCCCGGUCCGACACUCGACGUCGGCUCGUCCACGACACCACACUACCCUAUUUAAUUACGACCGUUAUUUAACCGAAUACGAGCACGACAUAGACCGCCAAAAUGUUCAAAACACAUUUAGACAUGAUUGGCAGAAACGAGACGCCGUCGAAGAAAGCCAGAUUUUGGCAGUCCUUCGUGCGUUCUCUAAAAGGUUCGGAAGACAUCAGAGCCGAGGAAAGGUACAGGCCAACACGCCGCAGCGUUUUUCCCGAACUCCUGUCGACCUACCCUUACUCCAAGUCGAUUUACGACGACCCUAUCGCUGCCGCUGAGAGGAUUACGGUACCCGGCUACCGUUACCUGCCUGUCCAUCGCGAGAUCUACGGCUACUCCCCGCGCCCUAUCUAUGCCCACAACUACCCUCGCUCCCUCGAUUAUUACAGGCCAAUCUACCACGUGCCAAGACGCGUGCGACGUGGAGUUGAUCCCUUCGACGCCCACAAGGCAUGGCAGGACCAUCUCGACAGGCUGGCUGCCAUCGACCGGCUGUACCCAUCUCGCUACGGACUCUACCUAAAGGACCGGGCCUACCCCAUCACCGACCUUACCGCACCCCUCAUCGACCCCCUUAAGCCUAAGAGUCUAAAAGGCAUCGAAUAUGAGCCGGACAACAAGCCCCACUGGGGAACAGGAGCGUGGCCGGCGAGGAUUUCCGACGUGUUCAAAAAGGACCCAUUUUUCGCUGAGGCCGAAAAAUGGGCAGGUUUUGAUCGCUCCCUGCGAGGAAAAUCUCCAACGCCAGUGAAGCCAAGGAUUAGUCAACCGCGUGAGACUGAGGUCGCUUUCGAUGCCGACGGUGCACCACUGUACAGCGUUGGCGGACUACGACGCAGGCCUUGGGCUGAUAUUUUCAACCCGAGCCCGUCUCUACCGAUCUCUGCAAUCACUCGUGACCCCUUCUGGUACGACUGGCCGGAGCUGAAGCCGAUCGCGAGAUGGGACCGCAGCCCGUCCUACAUCCGUGACUCGUAUCUGUCUCCAGUCAAACGGACCUUCCUCUGGGACAAGCACCCGAUCAGGCCGUUAGAUUUAAUGCUGGACGCCGAGCUUUCUGUGGGUGAACUCGGCAGGACUUUGCCAUUCAUCCGUAGCCUGUAAUGCAUUUGCAGCAGGUAUAUGCCGCGGCUUACUAAGAGGCGGGUCAUCGUAUGCUGGAAACAUCGAAUAAAACGUUACCUACUUGAAAGUCGAAGCACCUAAACGUUGACUAUGUUUAAAAUUAAAUGAAACAUUUAAACUAAAUGAAACUGAAAAAUGAAAGUAAAUAAAAAAAAUAUAUAUAAAGAUUUUCCGCAAGAUCUCAAAGACUGCUGCUACUCUUGUUUAAAAGGUUCAACAUAGUCACUGCCACGGUAAAGAAAUUGUUACACAAAUCUUGUUUUUUGUUACCUUUAAUUUAUUUAUUUUACUUAUUCCAAUUAAUAAAAAAUACAAAAGAUAA